AUGCAGGUGGUGAUCAAGGAGUUAGAAAGCAUCGAUUACAAUGAAGAAGAAGUAAUGGUAGUUGAGGAGUUAGAAAAUGUUGAUUAUGAUGAGGAAAGUUUAGUAGAAUGGGAUGGUCCAGCUUUACAUGGGUCUAGGAACUGGACUAGUGAAGAAAUAACAAUCCUUUUAAAAUAUAUUUUUAAAAAGAGGUUAAACUGUGCUGAGCUCCAAGAGUUAGGCCUGUUACGGAAGAAUCAGGCAAUUUGA